AUUGCUCGAACAACAAAUGAUUAAAAGCGAAACCAUCCUGAAGUCAAGGCAACUAUAAAUAGACUUCAUUUCCAAGGCUAGUUCAUUGCAUUUGUAAAGGUACAUACGUGUUUAACCAUAUACAUUAAAAAGAUCGAGGCAGAGAGGAUGGUGAGAGAAACUGAGAUAGCGCAAGUGCUUUGCAUGAAGGAAGGGACUGCUGAAAACAGUUAUUCAAAAACCGCAUACACGCAGCAGAGGCAGAUACUAUCAAUGUCAAAAUCCUUAAGAGAAAAUGUCAUAAGGGAAUUCUAUCGCAUGGAACAUCCAACAACCUUAUGCAUAGCAGACUUGGGAUGUUCUUCUUCCGAUCAAAACUGCUUGAGCGGCGUACUCUAUGGGCUCAUAGAAACCAUUGAUAAGGCUCGUCGAGAGUUCGGCCAUGGCGGCCCUCAAGAGUACCAUAUUUGCUUGAAUGAUCUUCCAGGGAAUGACUUCAACACUGUGUUUAGGUCGGUAACAAGUUUUAAGGAAAAGCUUAAGCAAGAAAUGGGAGAUGAUUAUGGACAUUGCUUUGUUAAUGGUGUUCCUGGCUCUUUCUAUGGUAGACUUUUUCCUACCAAUAGUUUGCAUUUUGUGCACUCCUCCGCUAGCCUUCACUGGCUAUCUCAGGUACCUGAAGAGAUAGAAGAGAAUAAGAGGAACAUUUACAUGGCUAAAACAAGCCCUACAAAAGUGAUAAAUAGUUACUAUGAGCAGUUUACGAAGGACUUUUCGAUGUUCCUACGUUGUCGUUCCAAGGAAGUGGUAGCUGGAGGAAAAAUGGUGCUAACCUUACCAGGAAGACAAAACAACGACCCAUGUUAUAGCAAGGACUCUGCUUACAUGUGGGAGUAUCUUGCUAAGGUUCUAAAUGAUAUGGUUUCUGAGGGUUACGUAGAAGAAGAGAAGCUAAACACAUUCAACAUCCCCAUUUAUACACCAUCACCCUCGGAACUUGAGUAUCUGGUGGCUAAGGAAGGAUCUUUUGCUCUCAAUGAUGUUCAUACCUUCAAAGUGAGUAGUUGGGAUUCAAAUGACGAUCAUAAGUUUGGUUGCUCAAUUGACGGUACAAAUCGCGAUGAUACUAUGAAUUUACAAGCAUCAUGUAUGAGAGCCGUGGCUGAAUCCUUAAUCAGUAGCCAUUUUGGGGAAGCAAUCAUCGACGAGGUAUUCCGAAGAUAUAAAGAAAUUGUGCUUGCCUUAUUGGCCAAAGAGAAGACUGUUUUAACUAAUGUUACUAUAUCCUUGACAAGAAGGGAACGAGGUUGAUGGCUAAGGAACUCUUUUACUUGUGGUAGCUUUUGAAUAAUUGGUUGCAUUAAUAAAAAGGGACGUGGUGAACAUGUUAUUGUUGUUACUAGUAUUAUUUGAUGUUAUCCUUGAGCUUUUCACUUGUUUGUUUUUAUAAAUUGUGCACGUCAAUUUCCUCUUCUUUAGUUUAUCUUGUCUCAUCUUAUAUACACUAUGUAUACAACAUAAAUAUGACCUCUUUAUAUUUAUUUUAUUA